AUGUUUCGUAGUUUCGUAGGCAUUGUAUCGUGUACAGCAGUGGGAAAUAAGGUGGUGGAUGGAGGCGAACGUUUAGCCCUUUACUGGGAUGUGAAUAGGCCAUUCCUGCGUGUCGUCUUUUAAGGAUCAGGGCGGAAGUCCUGCUUACAUAGUAGCAGUAUUGGUUCAUCAUCAUCGUCCAACACGUCACCAUCCGGCUCACCGUCGCGUAGCUCGGGCGCCGAUCGCGCCCGAUCUCAACAGGGCACGCCACCGCUUCAGCCUGCCCUGAAGCAAACUACCACUAAAAAGGAUCCGUACAGAAGUCAGCGUUCAAUGUCACUUGGCAGUGCUGCACAUGAAUCACUUCUUGCAGCAGUGGCUUCAUCUUCGCAAGGUCCGAUUCAUACCGUCGACUUGAGUCGCCCCGAGAGUGGUAUCCUAUUUCAUUUUUCCUUUAUCAUUUUGCAUCAUAAAUGA